CAAUUAUGGGUCUGGCCCAUAUCUUCUAUACUAAUGGUUAAUAUGAACUCCUAGUCUCCUCCCUAAUUACCCUCAACUACUAGUAUAUAAGUAACUCAUGGGGACCUGUAUAUGAAGGCUAAGUUUGUUCCAACAACUGUAAGUAAUACUAUCCUACUGAUAUAUCUCUACAAUAGAUGCUUAAUACCAAGGUUUUGCCUUAAAUUCCUUUCUGAUUCUGAGGGGCAAUAUUUUGUUCAUUAAUCACCCCAGACUGUUUCAUUUCCCUGUAAAGAUCAUUUCAUUCACGAGUACGUUCCCAAGAGAUAUCAAAACAUCAAAAGAAAUUGACCCUAGCUGCCAAAAAAAAAAUCAGUUCAGAGAAGUAGUUUUUGAUUUUGAGGAGAUGGGGGCAGGAUUGUCACAAGAUAAAGCUAACGCUACACAGUCUGAUAAAGAACAGAGAGAGUCAUCGGAGAUCCCCGUCAUCAAUGCCGACACAACGGAGAAAAGAUCAGAAGUGAAACUCCCUCAUAGAUAUGAAGCCAUUCUAAAAGAUGCAGACUCGCCCAUUGAUAGCUCCUCUACAGAAAAGCUGUAUGAACAGCUCUAUGCUGGAGUGUUUUUGAACAAAAAGAGGAAGAAGUAUUGGGUGGAAAGGAAGUCCACCUACAACAGCUUCAUGUUGUUUGCUAGAGAUCUCUCAAUUACGUGGGCCGACGACAAUCGUUUCUGGCACUGGCCGUACCUACCAGAAACAAAUAAUGUGCUAAUUGAUGUUGCGGAACUACUGAAUGUUUCCUGGCUAGAAAUCCACGGAAAAUUUGAAACAACAAAGCUGUCACCAGGAGUUACAUAUGAGGUUGUGUUUGUGGUGAUGUUGCGUGAUCCAGCUUACGGGUGGCAAGUUCCGGUGAACCUUAGACUCAUUCUCCCAGAUGGAAGCAGACAAGAACACAAAGAGAACAUGAUGGAGAAGACUAGAGGACGAUGGAUAGAGAUUCCGGCAGGCGAGUUCACGACGUUGCCGGAGAAGGAUGGAGAGGUGGAAUUUUCUUUGUAUGACUAUGAUGGUGGAGUUUGGAAGCGAGGUUUAGUCAUCAAAGGCGUUGCCAUUCGGCCAAAAGACUAAAGCAUAAGAAGAUUAAGGGAUCUCUAAGGCAUAUGGUUCUUGGUUUAGUUAUGUUGUUUCAAUAAACAUGCAAUAUCUAAGAGAUGGUGCUUAAUAGUACAUCAUGCUUAUGUCAUACAUGUCUCAAAUGCUGUGGCAAUGUGUACUGAUGAGGGAAAGUUAGGUAACACCAUUGUAAAAACUCUGACGUAAGGAGUCCCGUGUAAAAGUUAUUGUUGGGGGACGUACCAGUCUUCAACUCAGACAGAAAAAGCUCUGAGUCGUGCUAAUCUUGAUAAUCAGCUUCACUCCCCGUGACUGAGUCUUGAUACAAGGCUAGGAGAUAAGAUUGAAGAU